AUGGCGAGCGCGGAGGAAGCCGGCGAUGCGGGAGGACGUCGUCCCGUCUCUCCGCCCGUUCUCCGUCCCCAGCCACUGUCCUCCUCGCUAUUCUCUGACUCACCGCUCGGCUCAAAGCAGCCGCUCACUAAACGCCGCAGGAAGCUGCUGCUGAAGAGCAGCGUGGCGGCGUCCAGCUCCCCCACGGGCCAAGUAGAGGUGGCGCUGCAGCUGGCGAGGAUGCAGGAGUCACGGCACCGCCUGCUAACAGAUAUCUGUGCCCAAUACCAGCCGGGAGUGGGCAGGCGGCCGCCGUCGCAGCGGCAGGUGUCACGGGUGUACGUGGAGGAGCGGUCCCGGCUGCUGUACUGCGAGGUGCCCAAAGCCGGCUGCUCCAACUGGAAGCGGGUGCUGAUGGUGCUGAGUGGCAGCGCCGCGUCCACACGGGACAUUCCCCACGACGCGGCGCAUUACGAAAACCGCCUCCCGCGGCUCAGCGGCUACAGUCGUGCUGGCGUUGCCGAGCGGCUUCGCUCCUACACCAAAGUGCUGUUCGUCCGGGAGCCUUUUGAGCGCCUCGUGUCAGCGUUUCGGGACAAGUUUGAGAGCCCCAACUCAUACUACCACCCCGUGUUUGGACGGGCCAUCAUCUCCAGGUACCGAGCCAACGCCACACAUGCUGCAUUGCGCUCCGGCGCCGGUGUGACCUUCAGGGAGUUUGUGCAGUACCUGCUGGACGUGCGGCGGCCCGUGGGGAUGGACAUCCACUGGGAGCCGGUGAGCCAGCUGUGCAGCCCGUGCUUCCUGCAGUUCACCUUCAUCGGGAAGUUCGAGAGCCUGGAGCGUGACGCCAACUUCCUGCUCCGAAGCAUCGGGGCGCCGGCUAACCUCACGUUCCCGGACUUCAAGGACAGGAACCCACUGGCGGAGAGGACAUCCUCCAGCAUCACGCAGAAGUACUUCUCACAGCUCAACGCCACCGAGCGGCAGAAGGCCUUCGACUUCUACUACAUGGACUACCUGAUGUUCGGGUACCCCAAGCCCUUCAGCGACCUGCACUGAGCCACUGCCGCGCUCAGCGGGGUGGGACAAGCUGAGGCUGCGUACCUGUGCAGGUGUGAGAGACUCAGAGACUGAUUUUUGUGUUUGUGUGUUUUUAACGACUUCUGUGAAGUUUUGUUGAGCCGCGUCCUGCAGAGAGAAGCUGUCAGAUAACGGCGGGAAUCACAUGGAUGCUUCCGGGCUCAGACGCCGUGAUGUCACACAUUGACAACUUUGAGUCAAUUGCUCGCGACUUUGAGGCAUCAGCCAAUCAGAUCGCAUUUAGCCAAAUCUGCUCCAAACGCGGCUGUUGGCGAAAGAAGCUGAGUUGGUCUGCACAUGUGCGGAGGAGGAUGAGCCGAUGUGACCUCUGACCUCGGCGUUGUGGCAAAGACACGGUCGAGAUGCUGUUUAAUAAUUUUUUUAAUCAGUGAAUCAGGCAUAAAAAAUAUAAAAAUGUUUUUCACAAAAAUGUCAUUUUAUUAUUUAACAUUAUGACAGGAAACAGGAAGUAUGAUGCUGCGCCUGAGCGAGCUCUGGAUUAUUUUAAUAACGACCUUAAAUCUGCUCGGGUGGAGGAGUGGCUCAGUUCAUCAUUUAUGUACAGUCUGUUUAAAGCAGGAACAGGAAGUGAGGUAGGAGGUGAUGCUGCAAAUGUGUUUGUGGUGGUUUUCAGACGACCUCGAAGCCUUAACGCAAUAAACGAGACACUCUUUGAA